GCAUGCUAAACCUCAGCUAGCCGUUUUAACUUCCCGCUCAGCGUCACACGCUGACAAAUACUUUGAAUAGCAGUAACUGCCGCGAACUGAAGUCCAGAGGGUUAACAAUGUUUUUAGAAACAGAAAGUGACGACAGAAAGAUUAAAAAAAGAGUGAAACUAAAAGUGUAAAGGCGGCAAAUAUUGCUGUCAACAAAACAAACACCGCACUUCUGGUUUCCGCUUAGGAGCAGCAGAGAUACUAAACACGGGGUGAUGUCUGACUUCGCUCUAAAUCCAGACACAACAAACGAGAAUGCGGAUGCUGUUGUGCCACGUGCAGAAGAAGAUAACGUGUCACUGUUGAAAAGAGCCAUCGAUAAAGGAGAUAUUGGGUCUGUUGAACAUCUGUUGGAUAAUGGCAUGGAUGUGGAGACCAGGCUUGGCUUUGAAUGGACUCCUCUUAUGUGUGCUGUCAGUGUGGCUAAUUAUGACCUAGCCAAAGUGCUACUGGACAGAGGGGCCAGCGCCAACUUCAGCAAAGAUCAUUGGACCGUGCUCAUGGCCAGCUGCACGGCGUCUGCUGGUGAAGACAAAAUCGCUCGCUGUGUGGAGCUUCUGCUUUCCAGAAACGCCGAUCCAAACGUGGUGGACAGGUCUCAAAUGACCUGCCUGAUGCUGGCAGCCAGGAACGGCUACAGUAAGGUCAUCAACCUUCUGGCGUCCCACGGCACAGACGUCAACGUCCAGGAUGGCAAUGGACACACGGCUUUGGCUAUUGCAGUGCAGUAUGGCAGAGAGGAGGCAGUGCUGAAGCUCCUCCAGCUGGGAGCAGACAAAACAAUAAAGACGAAGGCUGGCAAGAGCCCAGCUGACCUGGCUUCCGUAUUCAAAAUGACACAGAUAUCCAGGAUCCUGGCCUCUUCAUCCCACGUCUCUAACGUCCAGGCUUUCAGCUCCAUGGAGGAGACUCUUCCGAAGUUAUUAAAGACUAACUCUGAACCUCCACCUUCCAAGGAAAGUGUAACUAAGCUGGAUGACCUCGAGCUCCUCCUACACGGCCUCGAUCUUGGCUACCUCGCUGACAUCAUGAGUGAAAAUGACAUCACCUGGAACUACCUGUUGACCAUGGAGAAGGAGGACCUGGAGAAGACUGGUAUAACAGACCCAGUGGACCAACAGAAGGUUCUGAGUGCUGUGCAGCAGAUGCACCUGGACAAAGUGGACCUGGACACAAUCAGCCAACUGGGAGCAGCAGACAUUGGGAGUGAGGAGUUGCAGAACUUCCUGAUUAGUGUGAUGCAGCAAUGCUGUUACCUAACAGAAACCAUUCAAGAUGUCAUCAGCCGUUUUCCCCGCCAAGCUUCUCAGCUGGUCUUCUCACUAGACCCAAAGAAAGAAGCCCAGGCUGUCUGCAACCAGCUGGUGGUUCAGACUAAAGACCUGCAGAAGGAAGUCAACUGCCUACGCAGUCUGCUAUGCCAGAUGGAUGCGGCCACAGAUUGCUGUCAACUCCCUCAACCCAGUCCCCAUGGCAACUGGAGGAUGCGGUCCUUGACGAGAGUUGCACUGAGCACGCUCGGAGCCACCGUCCUCUUCCUCCUCUACAAAGCUGCCAGUGGCAAGGUUUACCUGCAGAUGUGCAGGAAUGUCUGCUAAUCACAGGACAGAUGUGUCUCUCAGUUAGCUGCUCAUAAUGUUUUUGGUCACGUAGGUGAUUAGUUUGAUUAUUAAAAAGAUUAAUAUGUUUUAGGGCAGUGUUUGAUAAGACAGGUCACUUUUAUUUCUGCUGCCGUUUUGAGUACAACUUUGCUGACUUGUCUUUGAGUUUAGUUCUUUAUUCUUUUAAGUUAUUUUAUAUUUUAAGAGUUUAAUUGAAAAUUAAAGUUUCUUUUGAGAAGCA